AUGGCUAAUGGUGUUGCUAAUGGAAAACAAUUUCACGCAAGUGAUGGAUGGCUUGCAAUUUUCAAGAAAAGAUUCGGUAUUUGCCACUUAAAAAUUUGUGGGGAAAUCCUCUCAAGCGACAAGACAGGAAUAUCACCGUUCAUUCAUAAUUUGCGGGAAAAAAUUAAUGUAAUGGAAAUUUCGGACAUGCAGCUUUAUAACGCAGAUGAAUCUGGAUUAUUUUAUCGUUUCCUGCCCGAUAAAACAUUUGUCGCGGCAAACAAAAAGAUGGCACCUGGCCGAAAAAUAGCAAAGGAUAGAAUCACAUUUAUGUUGUGUGCGAACGCAGAUGGUUCGCAUAAGUUGAAACCAUUGAUAAUUGGUAAAUCCGCAAACCCCCGUUGCUUCAAAGGGUUUGAAAACCCAUUGGAAUAUGCUAACUCGCAAAAGUCUUGGAUGAAUUCAGAGCUAUUCUUCCGCUGGUUCCAUCAUUCCUUUAUUAAGCAGGUUCGCAAAUUUUCUGCUGAAAAUAAUUUACCACCAAGGGCAUUAUUGCUGAUUGACAACUGUACUGCACAUAAGCCAAUUGACAAGUUACAGUCAGAUGAUGGAAACAUUGCAGCAAUGCUUUUACCACCUAACGUGACAACUGUUUUGCAGCCCAUGGUUCAAAAUCCCAUAAAACUGGUCAAGUUAGAAUACCGGGCUAAACUGUUAUGGAACAUUGUAGCACAAGAAAACAUUCCGGUUGAAAAUAUUUUUAAAGGACAUUCAAUUCGUGAUGCCAUCUUGCUGCUUAAAUUAGCAUGGGAUGAAUUGCCAAGAGCUGUGCUUAUAAAAGCUUGGAAAAAUAUAAAACAGUGGGCCGAUGAUCAAUACGACAGCGAAGACGAAACUCCAUUGCUUAUAUUGAUUAGAUCAAAUAGUUCUCACGAUGAUACACUUCGACAGGUACAAUCGUUAUUGUCCAAGGUGGGUGGUGUUGACGUCAGCAGUGAAGACAUCGCAAAUUGGAACGACGAUCAAAAUACGGAAGAUGAUGAAGAUUUCGAAGUGUCUGACAAUGAAAAUGAAGAACCAGUUGUCGAGGAAGAUAUGCAACAACAGAAAGUCAGUUUUUCCGAAGCAGUUGAAGGCAUCAUCAAUACCUUGAUAAAGUGGUAUGAAAACAAAAAUGAUGCAAAUCAGAUAUCACAUCUUAUUAAUAUGCGUACGAAAAUUGUCAGCAGCUAUUACACAAAAGAAAAGAAACAAACAAGUCUCGACCACUUCUUUGAACCAGCCCAUACAAAUUAA